AUGGCUGAACGCAGGCCUGACAGUGGCGACUCACGCGCCAAGCGCCAAAAAACCUCCGCGGCAGACAUGGACCCCAAGAACAACCCUUACCUCGCCCACAUGUACGCCGACGAGGGCUCCAACGGUUACGCCUCCAAGAACAGCGGCCUGUCGCACAUCACUCGCCACAAGUCGACCGCAAAGGAUGCCGCGAAGGCUGAGGAUGGCCCCAACAACCCUUUCACCGGCGCCCCGUUGUCGCAGAAGUACUUCAACAUUCUGAAGACGAGGCGCGACCUGCCCGUCCACGCCCAGAGAGACGAAUUCCUUCAGUUGUUCCAGCAGACGCAAAUCCUCGUCUUCGUCGGUGAGACGGGUUCCGGUAAAACGACGCAGAUUCCCCAAUUCGUCCUCUUCGAUGACUUACCCCAGAGCGCGGGAAAGAUGGUCGCUUGUACCCAGCCUCGUCGUGUCGCCGCCAUGUCCGUUGCUGCUCGUGUCGCUGACGAGAUGGAUGUCAACCUGGGAGCGGAGGUCGGUUAUAGCAUCCGUUUUGAGGACAAGACGUCGCCCCAGACCAUUCUCAAGUACAUGACCGACGGUAUGCUUCUGCGCGAGGCCAUGAACGACCACAACCUUAGUCGCUACAGCACCAUCAUUCUGGACGAGGCUCACGAGCGUACCUUGGCUACGGAUAUUCUGAUGGGCUUGUUGAAGGAGGUGGCUCUGCGCAGACCCGACCUCAAGAUCGUCAUCAUGUCUGCCACUCUGGAUGCGGCAAAGUUCCAAAAGUACUUCAACGAGGCUCCUCUGUUGGCCGUCCCUGGUCGUACCCACCCCGUCGAGAUCUUCUACACCCCCGAGCCGGAACGGGAUUACGUCGAGGCUGCUCUCCGUACAGUCCUGCAAAUUCACGCCAGCGAACCCGAGGGAGAUAUCUUGCUGUUCUUGACGGGUGAAGAGGAAAUCGAGGACGCGUGCAGGAAGAUCAAACUCGAGGCCGACGAGCUGAUGCGCGAAGCCGAUGCGGGUCCUUUGAGGGUUUACCCGCUGUACGGUACCCUGCCUCCUCACCAGCAGCAGAAGAUCUUUGAGCAGGCGCCUCCUCCGCUUCGCCCCGGCGGUCGCCCGGGACGCAAGGUCAUUGUUUCCACCAACAUUGCCGAAACUUCUCUUACCAUUGACGGUAUCGUCUACGUCGUUGACCCCGGCUUCAGCAAACAAAAGGUCUACAACCCCAGAAUCCGUGUCGAGUCCCUGCUCGUUUCUCCCAUUUCCAAGGCCUCUGCUCAGCAGCGCGCUGGUCGUGCCGGUCGUACCAGGCCCGGAAAGUGCUUCCGUUUGUACACUGAGUCAGCCUUCAAGAAGGAGCUCAUUGAGCAGACUUACCCUGAGAUUCUUCGUUCCAACUUGUCAGCUACGGUGCUUGAGUUGAAGAAGCUUGGUGUCGAGGAUCUCGUACACUUCGAUCUCAUGGACCCUCCCGCGCCUGAGACGCUCAUGCGUGCUCUGGAGGAGUUGAACUACCUUGCCUGCUUAGACGACGAGGGUGAGCUUACCGCUCUCGGCAAGCUGGCCUCCGAUUUCCCUCUCGACCCGGCGCUGGCCGUCAUGCUCAUCUCGUCUCCCGAGUUUUACUGCUCAAACGAAAUCCUUUCUCUCGUUGCCCUUCUCUCCGUUCCUCAGAUCUUCGUCCGCCCAGCGAGCGCAAGGAAACAGGCCGACGAGAUGAAGGAUCUCUUUGCACACCCGGAUGGUGACCACCUGACCAUGCUCAACGUCUACCAUGCCUUCAAAUCGCCCGAUGCGCAAGACAACCCGAAGCAGUGGUGCCACGACCACUUUGUGUCGUACCGGGCAUUGCAGCAGGCCGACAAUGUGCGCCUGCAGCUCAAGCGCAUAAUGGAGCGCGAGGAGCUAGAGCUGAUGUCGACGCCGUUCGAGGACAAGAAGUACUACGAGAACAUACGGCGGGCGCUGGUAGCGGGCUUCUUCAUGCAGGUGGCCAAGCGCGACGGCACGGGCAAGAUGUACCUGACGGUCAAGGACGAUCAGAACGUGCUGCUGCACCCGUCGACGGUGCUGGGCCAGGACAGCGAGUGGGUCGUGUACAACGAGUUUGUGCUGACGACCAAGAACUACAUCCGCAAUGUGACGGCGGUGAAGCCAGAAUGGCUGCUGGACAUUGCGCCCAACUAUUAUGAUCUCGAGACUUUCAAGAAGGGCGAUAUUAAGAAUGCGUUGGUGCGCACGGUCGAGAAGAUGCGCCGUAGGGAUGCCAUUAAGAAUAGUAGGCGCUGA